UGCAGAGCAGACACCGCUGACUCUGGGCUCCAGGCACCCGACUCUGCUCUCGGCCCUGGGGGGGUGCUCCACGUCCAGCGCGUUCAGCCGGAUGGCUCUACAGCUCAGGAGGCAAAUGAGCAAGAGGAAUAUGGCCUCUGCUCCGAUAUCCUGGCCCCUCCCAAUGAAGGCCAUCGGGGCCCAGAACCUGCUCACUAUGCCUGGUGGAGUGUCGCAGUCUGGAUACCUGCACAAGAAAGGGGGGAGCCAGUUCAGCCUGAUGAAAUGGCCCCUUCGGUUCAUCAUCCUCCACAAGGGCUGUGUGUAUUACUUCAAGAGCAGUACCUCCCCCACGCCACAGGGGGCAUUCUCACUUAAUGGCUACAACAGGGUGAUGCGUGCCACCGAAGAGACGACCUCCAGCAAUGUGUUCCCUUUCAAAAUUGUACACUUUAGCAAGAAGCAUCGUACCUGGUACUUCUCUGCAGCCUCGGAGGAAGAGAGGAAGAAAUGGAUGCUGGACUUGAGGAAAGAGAUUGAUUAUUAUCACGACAGAAGGGAGUCGCAUUUUCCAAGUGAUCCAGACCCUGACUAUGGGUCAAUAGAAAAGCCCCUUGACAUCAACUAUAACCCUGACAACGCAGACGACGAUUCUGCUGACGAGGAUGACGAAGACGAAGACGAAGAUUACCUUAAACCAGAUGGGUCGUCACCCCCGACAGGUCGGCCCACGGUGCCCCCGCCAGCCUACCCACCCCCACCGGUUCCUUUCCAGCAUAAGCCCCAUUCAAAAUCAGAGUCUUCACAAAGCUGUUCCAAACACCUUCUAUCACCAGUGCCUCCUGCCCCUUCCAGGAGCCCACCGCCCCCAGCUCCCCACUCUAGGAAACCACCACCUCUCUUACCACCCCCCAAGCCAUGCAAACCCGAUCACCCUAGCCUCAAAGGUCCACCGCCUCCUUUACCAUUUGCCCCACACCUUCAAAAUCUCAGCUCAGAGCCCCCUCCCCGCGCACCCAAGAGCCCCACCCCUUCACCAUUGCCUCCGCCAGCCAUGCUAAAGAAGCAGGCAUCCACUGUGCCAUCAAAUUGGGGACGAGAUGUAAAACCUUUUGUGGCAUCCCCAGCCACCCUCCCCAUUUGUAAUAAUCUGGAGAAGAAGCUGGUCCUGGUGACUGCGCCCAGAAGCGGCCUGUCCCUGCCUCUGUCAACCAGCCAAAACCUGGGAAAGAGGCUGCUGGAGGAACAAGCCAAGCCUGCCAUGUACAAACCCCCCACAUUACCGAAACCACCACCCACAGCGGCCAAGGAUAAACCCAGAGGUCCCUCCCUCCAAAGAUCAUCACCAGAUGGGCAGAGUUUCCGCUCCUCAGCGGACGAGGCUCCAGCCCACCUGAAGAAGGUGAAACCGAAACAGGACUCUGACUCAGACGACGACUAUGAGAAUGUGCAGUUGCCAGAGUCUGUGUUCAUUGACACAACAGAAACCAGCAGCAUCGAAAAGCUGUUUAAAGAAACGGAAAAAUCUCCCCAGGAUGGUCUCUACUGCAUAAGGAACUCAGGAACAAAGACAUCAAAGGUGCUGGUGGUUUGGGACGUGGGUCUAAACAAGGCCAGGAACUACCGACUCUUUGAAGAGGAGUCUAGAGUCUUCCUGGAGGCGGAUGUGACUUUCCCCUCGUUGGCUGCACUCGUGGAGUACUACUACCUCCAUCCACUUCCGAACCACGACUCCCUGUGCCUGCAGAAGCCGUAUGGCUACACACCCCCCAGGUGACCCUCCUGCGACUCCCUAAAGGGAGGGUCCUGGGGUCUCAUCCCAAAGUGGACCUUGUACACCCAAUACGAGCCUCUGGCGGAACUUUAGUGCGAGGCUAAGUAGGCAUCCACAGUGUGACUGGAUGGCAACCAGCUGGAACGGGAACACCCUCCAGUGCCACUGUAGCAGCAGCCAGUGAUCUGAACUGGCAUGUUCACACACUAAUUGGUGUCAGGAUAUAGUCGCCUGGGCAUUCCAGUGAGAGUAGAUUCUGGGGCAGCGGGAACGGAAGCCGCUGGGUGCCCCCUGGUACGCCUGUUGUGGAAGAAGACAUCUCCCUCUCAGCGCUGAAGUGCAGAACAGCGUGUGCUCAUUGCCUUCAUGGACCGUAAAUGGCACAGAUGUCAACCGUGUGGCAAACUGCCACUGGCGGAGAGGAGACAUGACCCCCAGCGGUAGCGCAGCUGGGACUGUCCCGGGAUUGAGGCUGAAGAGGAAAGACAAGGGUUUCUCUAGAAUACUUCCAGACACUGCUGAAUCCUGCCAGACUACGGUGCUCUGUGUAGUGACUUUCUUUGGUUUUUUCUGUAAGGUUACCUAGCAUAUAUGAAAUUAUUCAGUUGUUCAACAGGCUUGACUUCCACAGCAGUUUAGACUUUUACCAUUUAAACAACUGGAUAUUUUACAGAGCUGGUUCAGUUUAAGUACCUUAC